AUGUGGACCUCCGGGGAGCAUGACGCCGUUGUCGAGGACGCGCGACCGGAGCGUACUUGGGCAGACUCGCAGACAUGGCGGUGCGACGCGUUACCGGGAUGCAACGUGCCGACAGGCGUCUUCUGCUGCUUUGUUCAGCUCCAACAAAGGAGGAGUAGUUCAGCCUCUCCUAAAUCGUCUAAUGAUGACAUGACCUCAGCUUCCUAUAGCAUGUCAGGGGAACCACGACUCUGGUGCAGGCAUGGGUUUGAGAUGCAAGCAGCGAGAGCGACGGGCACAAUGCCAUAUGCAGGUCUUGGCCGUGUGCAAAGCAAGUUGUUUCCUGUGCGCAGGCGAGGGACACAUUGGACAGCGAUCUCCUACGCUGCAGCAAGGCCGAGUGCCAAAGUCGCUGCUGUGUGUGAGGGCUGGGGCGGUGGCACAGCAGCGGGUGCGCGCGACGGCAACGGGAGCAGCUCAGCGCUGGGUCAUGGUGGUGAUGGUUGCGGAAGACACGGGACUAGGACGCGUUCAAUGAGCGUGUUCCUGGCCGAAGCUUCUCAGACGCAAAAACGCCAUGGUUGA